AUGGCGUCUCCUCUUGUUCUGGGCGGCGCUCCGUCUGAGAGCUUUAGUCCCAAUCCUUCCCCUACUCAGGUUCGAAGGAAACCUGUCCCGCAGAAUGUCGAUCUGACCUCCGGACCUGUCCACCCCUCCUCUCCCCUUUCGAUCGAGGGAGAUAAACCCGUUCUCAUUCCCACUGCUCCCGUGGCUAGACCACCAUCCCCUUCGUCGGCGGAUGGAGACCCGUUUAUAUCGGUGCAGAAGAACCCGAAUAGAUAUUCCCGACGAGCCCCUCCGAACCCCUUACAAAUCGAUACCACUGCCUCCCGGCCUGGCUCCACUGCAUUCUUGAGAUCAGUACUCGAAGACGACGACGACGACGACGACGACGAAGACGGGCCUGACUACUUUGACGAAGAAUACGAACACCAGUUCACGAAUGGAAUCGCGACCCCCUUGCACAGUCGUCUAGAUAGCGAACCAUUUAUCCCAGUCCUCAAAUCCCCUCCUCCAACACGACGGGCAACGAGUAUGGCAUUGCACCUCCCCAUGAAUCGACCCCCUCUACACAUCGACGUGGAUCCACGAUCAAUGUCGAUGAGUGCGACGGAUCCAAGGAACCCAAAGACACCGGGGAACAAAAUCAGUUCAUUUUUUGGCUGGAAGGCGGCGAAUAAUAAUAACACAGCGACAUCUCCUGGGGCUGAAUCAUCCAGCACUGAGAUCUCCGACUCGGGUCGGUCCACAAUGCCUUCCCCUAUGCCACCAUUAGCAAAUGUCCCUAUCAAACCUCCUUCCCCCUAUGAUACCAAGACCAAUGGCUACAGCCUCCCGGUGCGGACUCCAUCGGUGGGGUCUGGGAGUUUAAAGGAGAAUAUAUUUGUGUCCAAAAUGGCGGACCUUGAGAAUGAAUUACGAGAAAUAAGUUCCGAAUUGGCGGGGUCUAUACGUCGAGAAAUGGAGCUGGAGGAUCUAGUUGAACGUUUACAGUUAGAAGGGCCAGAUUCCAAUCGCCGGACCAGUGACUAUUUCUCGGAUUCCGGGACUAGUUCUGUUCGAUAUACUUCAGACGCUGGUCGGACGGAAGAUAUUGAGAAGAUACGUCGUGCUGCAGAGCAAGAACGGGCUCAACUCAAGCUAGAUCUGUCACAAAAGCUGCAAGAAGAGCGGUCUAAACGGACAGCAUCCGAAUCGCAUGUUCAAAUUUUGGAGACUCAAGUUCAACAGCUUCGACGUGACAGAGUCGAUUUGUCUGAUAUGUCAUCUAAAACUAAAGAACUUGAGACCGCUCUGGAAAACACCAAGCGCAAGUUACUUGAGGAGAGGCAAUCCAAGGACAACUUUGAAGACUUGCUUACUGCCAUGCGAGUCGAGCUUGAACAGUUGCGCAACGACCGAGAUGAGCUGCGAGAUAACAACAAGCUCGCUGAAGAAAUCGAGGCUCUUAAGAUCGAAAAUGCCUCUCUGGCCCAGCUACAGGGCGGUCGAUUCGCUUCGAUCGCCGAGGAAGGUGGUUCACCGAGGAACUCAGCAUUUGGAUUAUCACGAUCAAACUCCCUUGCUCGCAAGCCUAGCGGCCUCGCCCGUUCAGGCUCCCUUUCUCGAUCCAACUCCCUUUCCAACAGCGGAGGUAAAUCACCAGAAACACGCGAGUCGUUGGUAGACAAGGUCAACGACAUCGAGGUCCAACGCGAUUUCCUUCACCGAACAUUGCGAAGCCUGCUCGAUCGUCAAGCAUACCAGGCCCGUGAAUACGAGAAGCGGACCCGUAUGCUUGAGAUGGAGCUUGCUCGGGCCCAGCAAUCGGGCCAGCCCCGGAGGCUCGGCUAUCAGAGGGAGGUUUAUAACCUGCGUGAUGAAGUCAACCAUCUACGCAUGCGCGCUGAAGAUGCUAUGGAUGGCAAGUGGCAGUGCGAGAAGAACCUUGCUGGUCUCAAGAUGGACUUGGACCGUGCCGAGCAAGAGACCAGCUCCCUACGCGUCCUUCUCCAGGAGGAUACUGCCGUAUCUGACGAAUCAAACCCCGACAAAGGGGAUUUCGCUGAAGUCAUGGCGACAUCCUCUUCUCUGAAAUCUGCCUACCAGCAAUUGCAGGCCGAUAGGGCAGCGGCCGAGGCGAAUGUCGCCAACUCGGAAGAGCUUUCCGCUUCCCUUGCUCGUGCAGAGUCCCUAGCCAACAAGGUUCAUUACCAGCUUCAGAACAACACAUCUUUGCACGCCCGGUUAGCAGAGGCUAUUGACAAGGGUGACAACGAUCAGAAGAUCUCAGUCAACCGAAUCAAUGUCCUGCAGAACCGCAUGAAGGAACUGGAGGACGUCCUCUUGGUUGCCCAGCAAAACUCCGAAGAGGAGAUGGGCAAGCAUGAGGAAGAGGUCCGCCUCUUGAGAGAGAGCCAGAAUGCCCAGCUCACGCGUAUGAAGAACGGAAGCCGUAACCUCGUUGGCCUUUCACCGAAGCCACCGAGUACACCCUUCGACGCCCGCUCACCGCGUCUGGAUCACACCUCGAGCGGUGAGGGUGUUCCCUUGACUGAUGUUGUCCAGGCUGAGGUCCUCGAACGUCGAGUCAAAGAUCUCGAGAAGCUUCUCCGCGAUGCGGAUAUGGAGAUGGAGGAAGUGGUUGGACGAAUGAACCGCACACAGAUUGAUGUGGCCCAGCUUCAAACUGACAGAGAGGAUUCUCUCCGCCAGACCCGCCAACUCCAAGCCGAGAUCCAAGCGGAGCGUGACGCCCUGAAGUCGCUCAUCAACGCCGUAUAG